UGCUAGCUCAGAAGACCACCCAAGAAAAGAAAGACGCGCGCGGGUGGCAUGGACCGCCGUGUCGUGGCCGUGCAGGCGGAGGACGUCGACGAAACGGUGCGACAGCGGCAGCGGCUCGUGCGCGAGCGUGGCAGGCGCAUCAAGGCGGCCGCGGAGCUCGGGCUGGCGCGGUCGUCGGGAGGCCGGCAGUGGGGCCGCGCGCUGGGCCGGCGCGCCCUCCUGCUCCGGAAGGGUCCCGCGACCGCGGCGCUCUCGUCGCCGGCGCUACUAGAGGCUUCGGCUGGCAAGGAGGAGACGAAGCAGGGGAAGGCGAUGGCAGGGGAAGCAGGGCAGCAGGAGGAGGAGGAGGAGGAGGAGGAGGAGAUGGUGGACGAGAAGGUGGAGCUGCUGCGGCAGCUGGUGCCGGGGGGAGAGGCGAUGGCGGUGGAGCGGCUGCUGGACGAGACGGCCGACUACAUCGCCGCUUUGCACGCGCAGGUCGGCGUCAUGCGCGCGCUCGCCUGCCUCCUGUCCGGCCUCGGCUCGCCACCAGAGAAGCCUCAAUGAGACUGAUCGAUCGAUGGAGUGAUGAUGCCUCGUAAGAGGUCUCGGUGUAAGCACGCGUUCUGAUCCUCCUGUAGUAAUUAAAUUUCGUCCGUUUCCACUCUUCGUAUGCAUCACUAGUUACUUUUUUUUACCUCUUCCGAGGACGGCAGGCAAACGCAUGUUAUGUAUAGUGGGGCAGCAAGCUAGAUGCAAUUUAGUAGGGAUUUUAGUGUAAGUUCAGCCACUUGAAUUUCCCACCUCCUGGUGUGUAACGCAGUGGUGUUGUUGGAACAUGGAAGUAGCAGCAACACAUGCAGCUCAGCUAGCUAGUUAGCCUAGCUGUAUGGAAGUAGGAGCUGAAUGCAUGGCACACCAGAGAUUUUAUUGUAUUUUGAUAGUCGGAGUACAUUUGUAAAGGGGUGGAAAAGGCCACAACAAGAGAGCAUGCAUGCAUGCUCGCCCUAGCAUCCUAGGCUGAUAAGAAGUAUAGCGAUGCGAGCAUGCAUGUGGCUCGAUGUUUGCGAGGUACUUUUCCCAUGUGGCGAGCGCGAUCGUAGAUUCGUCGGAGGGAUCACGGAUCUGUAGCUUUGCGGUCAUGCAGGUUCUCUUCUUAAUUCAGACAGCUGCCUCAAACGCUAUGGCGGAGAAAAAGGGACUUGCACACUCAAUGCUGCGACCUCUUCUGCUUCCGUGAAGUGAUUCCCCCGCGUUCCUUUCUGGGUGAGGCAGAAAAACAUCACAUAGAGUGAAUUCU